UAACGUAAACGCGCGUACCUCCCCCUGCCACGCAGCCACGCUCUGCUUCCGGCGAGGAGCUGGACCGGAUUCCAAAGGAGGCAGCGCUGCCUUCUCUGUAAUUGACCGAAGCACAAUGGCAAGCAAAACAGGACCUGAGCAUCUCUUCAACCCUGCCACUGAAAUGGAGACAGCAGGGACGGUGUUGGGCACCAAGAUCAACAUCCCAGCUCUCCUGCCCCAAGGACCCGCCAAGGAGUGGUUGGAUCAGCGCCGGGCCACCAUCCGGCCCUGGGCCAACUUCAUCGACCAGCGGCGCUUUGGGAAGCCUCGGAAUUUCGGGGAGCUCUGCAAGCGGCUGGUGCGCAACGUGGAAUAUUUUCAGAGCAACUAUGUCUUUGUCUUUCUGGGACUCAUCGUCUAUUGCCUUAUCACGUCUCCACUGCUCCUGAUUGCGCUUGCUGUCUUCUUUGGAGCCUGUUACAUCAUCUACCUGAAGACCCAGCAGUCACAACUUGUUGUCUUUGGGCGGGAGCUCAGCACAGCCCACCAAUACGGCCUGGCUGGGGGUGUCUCCUUUCCAUUCUUCUGGCUGGCGGGAGCCGGCUCUGCUGUCUUCUGGGUGCUGGGUGCCACCUUGGUAGUUAUUGGUUCACAUGCCGCCUUCCAUGAAUUGGAAUCACCCGAGACCGAUGAGCUGCAGAUGGAGCCUGUGUGAAUGGUCUGGGGGCAGCCACGUGUCCUUCGCCCCCUAUAUCGCUGUUACCCUGUCCUGUGUAAAUACCGCUGCUACUUCAUUCCAUUGCCAUGUGCCGUGUCCUUCCUUCCCCAAGAGACUGGCUUUGAGGCUCUCUCCAGAUCUUAGAAACCCUUGAUGGUCUCCCUACUUUUUUGGGGGGGGGGCUGUUUCCCACCCCUCACCUCCCUAUUCCUCCCCCCCUGCCCUGAAUUCCCAAUGACCUCGCCCUUGGGUUUUCCCAUCCCAGGCACGUGAUAAGGCCGUGUCCAGGACUCUCAGCCUUCCUGAGAUUAUUUAACUCCUGUUACACUUCACCCAGUAGCCGGGCCUUGGAGGCCUUCCAGAGCAGCUUUUAGUUCAGCCUCCUUUUAUCUUCUGGCGGUAACAUUAAAGAAGCAGAAGUGUUAAUUGGAAUGUCCUCCAAGUACUUACUGUGCUCUGCCCAAGAGGUCACAGGAACACACAGUGUGUGUUGAUACACGACAGCUCCUUCGUUUCACUGGCUUGCUUUGAGGCUGGCUGUCAGUGGCCGUCGGAAAUGCGAGCAGAGAGGCCUCUUGUCAUUGCUGCUCGGAGUUGACAGUGGAUUAACCACCAAAAUAAAAAUUAUAAAAAUCAAAACUCCAAAGUCUACAGUCAGGGCAAAAAACAACAACCCCACAAUCUAAUUCCGUACAUGUGGCACCAUGAAUCAUCCAGAUUCUCCACAUUUUUGAGUGCUUUGGUCUGGCAGAUGAGUCAGAAUAAUUCGUUUGGUUUGAUUGUGGCCCUCCCAUGGCCAAAGAUAAUUUAAAAUGCAUGUGAGCUGCCCUGCCCUUUUUUUGCUCCUUAGCGCUUGAUAGCACAGUAUGCAACAUUAUUGCCAAGUUUUACAAGUCUCUCUAUGUAUUUGUAUUUACAUCCUAUUUUAUCCCCCAAUGACUAAUGGAAUAGCAACACCCUUUCUUAAUGUUACAGGUUCUGUGCAAUUUUAACUCCCACCCCCCAAGCAAUUAUUCAUCCAUUUGGAAAUUGCAAGGGCUCUUAAUACUAUGCUGUUUACAAGUGAUUCAUAUUCUGGGAGCACUUAAUAAAUUCCAGGUUAAGAUUGA